CAAAAUUCUAUUUAAUAAACAUUUUCUUUAGCGACAUAUUUUCUUACAAUGCAAACUGAAAAAGAUCAAUUACCACGAGGAAGAUCUUUAGAAAAUGAUUUUGGACGAUUAAUGAAUGAUGAAAAAUUUCACGAUAUUACCUUAAAUUGUUCGGAUGGAACGAUACAUGGAUGUAAAGUUAUUUUAGCAGCUCGUUCUGACGUUUUCAACUCAUCCAUUUUCAAUGAAUCAACAAAAAUUAAUAACAAUCUUUCAUUUAAUGAUAUUAGUUCAACAGCUAUGAAAGUUAUAUUGGAAUUUUUAUAUACAUCUAAAGUUGAAAACUUAAAUGUUGAUAAUAUCGUUGAAGUUUAUUAUGCGUCCGUUCAUUUUGACUUGAUUGACCUUCAAGAUCAUAUUAUUAAAUUUACGAAAUCUUUGAUAAAUGGAAACGUGGAUGUCGGUAGAAAACUUUUAUCAGAAUAUGUUGAAAAUUUUUCAUUAAGAGCGGAAGACAAUGAAAUGUCUCGAAUAUUAAUUAAUUGGGUUGCUAAGAAUAAAUUGGAAAAAAGUGAAAUUGAUUCAUUAUCAUUAGAAGGUUUAAAAUAUCUUUUAGAUAAAACUUUUGAUACUCAAAUUCCUUUCGCGACACCCGAAUUCAAUAUUUGGGAAUAUACUUUAGUAAAAGUUAUAAGAAAGGUCAUACAAAACAAAACUCUCGUUGAAAAAAUCUUAAAUGAAAGAUCUCUUUCAAUAUGCGAUACAAAAGAAAUUGAAAAUGUAAAAAAUCUUUUAACUCCAUUGAUUGGUUAUAUCAAUUUAAAUCGAAUGGAUGUAGAAGAAAUCAAACAACAUGUUGAACCUUUCAAUAUUCAUACAAUUGAUAAGUUCAAAGAUGUUUAUCGCUCUAAAGCAAUGAAUGAAGAAUUAGGAUUUAUUCGCGGAGUACCAAUUUUUAAGUGGAGGAAUAAUAAAGUAGAUAAACAAUUAAUUACAUCUGAUGAUGAAUACACUGUAAAGGCAGUUUGGAAAAUUGAGUUUGCGUCAGUGUUGGAAGAUUUGGUUACACUUACACAUCACAAAAUUAUAUUAGGAGAUUUGAUUUUUAAAGGUGAGGGAAUUUAUGAAUGGGAUCUUUUGAUUCGAAAAUUAUGUGGAAACAUCUAUAUCGGUAUAUGUGAUAUUAAUGAGGAUUUGACUAAAACAACAUCUGACCAAAGAUACCAUGGAUGGGUUCUUGGAUCUGAUGGUUAUGUCUAUUAUAAGAACGAAUGGAAAUGGUAUAAUGCAAAAUUUAAAGAAGGAGAUAAGGUCACUGUUCAUCUAGACAUGAAAAACAAAAAAUGUGCAUUUUCAGUAAAUAACAUUAAGAAACCCAUAGUUUCCGAAUGGAAAAAGAUUCCUUCUCAUGUUUAUCCUAUCGCCUCCUUGGGAGUUGGUAGUGAAUUACGUAUAGAACCCCAUGUGAAUAAGAACUAAUAUGGAGUAUAUUUUUUUCUUGUUUAUUUUAAAGUAUUUUUUUUUUUAAAGAAAGAAAACAAACAAUAAAAAUAAUAUCUUUUUC